AUGUCAGAUUUCAGCAAUGAGAUUGACACGGAAAUUGCCGCAGCCUCCUGGGAGCAAUCGCCGGACGCAUCUUCUUCGACACCGACCAGCAACUCAGCAGACCGACAGCCCACGGAGAUCCAGACCCGAAUCCCCACCCGCCUUGUCUCCUGGUAUGCCCUUUGCCGCCUAGGGUAUAGGUUUCUUCAAGACGGAGACACCUUUGUCAUAUACGGGAUUCUAGGACCGAUUGAUUUAGAGGAGCUCUUUAGAUAUAGUGAGCGUUACCAGAAGGCCGACGAACGGGAUCAAGGGUCGCGUCCGCCAAUUCAACUCCCCAACGAAAGAAUUCCGCUAGGACUCGAAGAUGACAAGCCGGCUUACUCUGCCCGUAUUGCACCGGGCUCAACAACGCCUAUCAGCUCUCAUACCCAUCCCGUCACGCCCAACGAAACAAAGGACUCAAUAAUGAGGCCGUGGGUGAAUCAACUUCUGGUGUCAGACACAGUCCACUUAGGUGACGUCAAAAAACAACCGCGUGGCUCUCGAGGAGGACAAAGAUCCUCAGAUACAUAUAAUGCCUGGGUUAAAACAACGUCUCUUCUUCAAGAUGGAGAGGGAAAGGAGUUUAGGCAACUUGUCUUCAAGUCGUCGGGUAACUAUGGCCUGGAUAUCGAUGAUUUCCAGCUUGUUGAUGAGAAUGAACACGUUGUUGAUUCUACCACAUGGCUGUACUACUUGACAUCAGGCGAGGUUGAAAGACACUCUUUCAAAUUGGUAAGAAUCUCUGUCGCAACCUCAAGCGAGGUUCCUCGAGACCCGGGGUCGGAAGCUUUCAACGAUAAUGAGAACGAAAGCAUCGAAGGGACCUUUGACGAACAGAGUUCCGAUGGAGAAACCUUUGAAAGAACUAUGGAAGCCGCGAAACAGAUGUUUUGCCAAAGUAUAGGUAAAGGGACGCUUGUUCGAAACAUGCCGCCAGUACUUCCGACACUACCCUCGAUGCCUUUCAGCAAUGCGGCCAAGGAUCAAAUUCCAUUCUUCGCUUGGCCUUUGACCCAGAAUACUGGCAAUAGUUGCCACACAGAUGGUACGAUGGCUCUCACGAGGUUACUAGCCAUGAUCGAUCAAUCUCUCAAAGAGCUCGGUAUUAUUAAAGACUUACAUACUUUUAGCACGAGAGAUGAAGUGGUCUACAAAUGCCGGGUUCUCCAAUCAGUCAUAGAAGAACGUGUAUACGUGCCGACACAGGAGGCUAAAGACCCCCUUCCGUGCGCACAACCUCCCAGCUCAAACCACAGGCAUAGAAAUCCAGAAUCUGAGAUUCUUGCCACUCUUCUGGCACUGUCGGAGGACAUUUUUGAUCUUUUUCUUCCACCAGCCAAUUGGUUCCUUGUCCCAGCUGUAGGUGCUUAUUGGGGCGCCUUGGAUUCCAUCAUGCGUACUAUCAAGCAAUCUCAUGGGUACCGGCUAUGGCAGGGAGAGGCUUCACAUGCUCAGACUCACAACCUUGAAUCGAAGUUGAAGUGCCAGCUUGAGGACGCCAGAAGAGACGUAAUGAUGGCUAGCGAGACCCAGAUCGAUACAGAUCGCCUUACCAUCUCACCGAUAGGCCUUGAGUUUCUACUUAUAACGCUACUGCGGAACCUUCAUGACCAUCCCAUCCAUCCAGAGACAGAUCAGAAGCUGGACGUAGUUAGGCAUUGCCGCGAUAAGUCUACGGCACUUCGGUUUGCUGCGGUUCGUGACCCAAGACGCCGCAGAUUUCUUGAAAUAUCUGCUCUGGAAGAGGAAAUGGAGGCCUUGCGGAUCAUUUUCGAAGUUCAAACACGUACGGUCAAGGCCUUUGCUCAGGUUCUGAGCCCUGACUUCUUCUCCAAAGACACCACAGAUCGGGAAGAUCUGGGAUACCGCAAGGAUAUGUAUGGUCUGGAAAAAAGGCACUUAGACACUCACAUACAAAGUCUUGCUGAAGAUGGAAAGACACUCGAGAUAUUACAGAGGAUCUUGACCGCCACAAGACACGACAUGAAACAGAUGAUUGAGGUACUCGACGAGGGUCACGGAAAGGCUAUCAGAGUGUUUACCUUCGUCACAUUGUUUUUUCUUCCGCUGUGA